AUGGAACCAGGGAGCAGGAGCGACCUGCUGCAGCGCAUUUCCACAUUCUUCCAAUCCUUCUCCUCCUGUGCCGUCGAGCUUUCGAGCGUUAACAGGUCCACUUGCGCGCAAGCGUGCCGCGGUCAGCUGCGAGUAUACGAAGACGGAGGAAAGGUUUACGCUGUCAAGGAGAGCGAUGACCUAAAGUGCACUCUCAAGGGGCAGAAGCCCCUGGCCCUCCUUCACCGGCUCGACUCCUCCUCCAAGCACCUGGUCGAAAUCUGCCAUGCCCGCACCCUGCAGGAGGGAGAGAAGUCGAACAGAGCGUCGGGCCCAACGCUUGUGUACAUGCCGGAGAAUCAAGAACGGGCGCAGGCAGCAGCGACGGCGCUGAGGCUCAUCGGAGCAUGGAAGGAGGGAGAGGAGGGUGUCCAGGGAGGGAGGAAGAACCAGUUCUUCACGCGAUCCACAUCCAUACGCCGAACAGCAGCAACGACGGAGAUGUCGGAGAACCAUGGGCAUAUCAUGCUGGGGGCGCUUCUCGGGUAUCCUGUCGAGGACCUGUUCGAGAUGUACAAGUUUGUAGCGUGCAGCGAGUCGGACGAGCGACGCUGCAAGAGGUUUUUCCUUCGAGACUUCGUUGAGGUGUCGAGGUUCCUCGUCGAGCAGCAUCGCGUUCAACUCUGA